AUGCUCUCUUCUUUCCUCUCCCGUACUUUUGCCAACGAGUCUGUUAUGGCCGGUUUACGCGAAACCAUCCAGAAAGUCGCCCUUGACUUCCCACAGAAGAAUUUCCAAGAGCAUUACAAGAGAUGGGGCGAACACAUCUAUACAGAGGGAACAAGCAUCAAGGACCAAAAGAAAUUCGAUCAGUUCCUUAAGAUUACAAAGUCCGACAUCGAGGCACUUAAGCGCCAGGUCGUAAUUCAGAAGAUGUACUUGGAGUAA